GAGUCGACUCGCGCGAAUUUCUAUUCGCUGAUUCACUCCCCAUGCGUUCGUUUCCGCCUCGUUUCCAAAUCCCUCCAUCUCGUUCUUUCUAUAAACUCCUCUGCCACAUUUGGUAAUGCAGCGGCAAAUGGCGAAAAUCCCCGCGGCAUUUGCCUUUAAGUCAUCGCUUGUUGCACCGGGGUCUCCACACUACCUACGUGAUUUUUCCGGCGUGUUCGCGUCGCUCGGCAAUGUUGGAAUAAAAUGGCACAACACCGUAGUAGCCGUUGAAUCGGUGGUUACCGCUUUUUCUCAGUUGAAUCGGAUAAACCUUCAACAGGCACAUAAAGGGGGUGCUCGGCAGAUCAGCGUUUGAAUCGUUCAUUUAUCGGAAUCAGAGUCCAAAAAUCUCCCCUUCCAGUAAUAAUGAUUAUCCUACCUCUUGCCUCUGAGGUAGAAGUAAUCAGCGAAGAUCAGCAGAUGCCGUCAUACCGUCAUGCAUCUUCCAUCAAUCCUUCGUCUCCACUCGCGCUCAUCUUUCGUUAUAAUAGUUACAGGACUGAGGAGGUAUCUCUUCAACAAGUUCCCUCGGCAACCUUGCAUUAACUUUCCAUACAUUUAUGACCCAUAUUUAUUAUCUCAAAUCCAGCUUGAAGCGAUAAUGCAGGCAUCCUCUCAUCACUUUAUACCCUUGGCCGACCAAACCAACCAUGGCUCCAGCCAGCCUUCCCAAUCUCCUACUAUUGCUUCGACAAGUCAUCGACCCUCGAGAAAUCACUUGUGGGUCUCCUCCUAUCGUUCUCCAACGCAGCCAGAUGCUGCAGCUCGUCCUCUCCAUUUUGGUGGCACUUCUUAUCAUUGCACGGAUGAUAAUGUGCGCUCGCCUCCGACAUCCAUUUCCUCACUUAAUGAAUCUUGCCCUCUCUCUCAAAUGAGCGCAUACGAAGUUGCCCACCAUAAUCCACUAUUCCAACUAGAUCCCAAUCUACCAGCUCGCCAGCAGCAACGUAAUGUCCCCAUGGAUGAACGUUUUGAAUACUCCAUUGUAUCCACCCCUACCAGUACAACGCCGGAAGCACAACCAAGCCAACAACUUGAGACAGUCGCAUCAAGAUAUGAUUGGCAACCGCCUCUUGGCCCAAAUGGACCCAAAAAUACAGGCCGAGCAACCAAGGGGAAGGGCAAGGGGAAAGGAUACCGAGGCAAAAGGAAGCAAAGGGGAACAACCGGCGGCUCACAGACCCAACACACUAUCAGCCAAGGUAAUUCUAUGACUUUUGCCCACAUCCAUGCUCUUGAUGAAUUCGUGGUAGAUAAUAUCAUUGAUUAUCAAUCCUGUACCAAUGAGAAGUUCAAAAUUACCGACAAAGCCGCUUGUUCUGAUCUGCAAGAACAAAUCAACGAUGAUCCGGAUAUGCAGAAACUCAUCCAGAAACGUUUGACUGGUGAUUAUCUGUAUCACCACAUAAACUAUCUCAUGAAGAAUUACAUCAAUCCAAUCAGUGACGUCUUGGAAAAGUCGGGUAUGAAUUGGAACGAGGUUGAGCAUAAGAUCGAAGCGGGUGAUGAACAGUGGGACGAGUGGCAGGCGAGCGGCAUUUUUGUAGAUAGGAUACGGAACCAUCCAUUUCCCCUUUACUUCAAGUUCAAAGAAGCUUUGAACUUCAAAAGUGCAAACAGUGACAACGCGGUCAAUUUCUUUCUAGAGGAGGCAGAGAGCAAUUUCCCAUCACAGCAGGAAACUGUUGAGGUCACAUCGUCCUUGAGCCGCAAAAGGCGUCAUGAGGGGAACGCCAAAUAUCGAAGGGAAGAAGAGGAAGAAGAGGAAGAAGAGGAUGAAGAGGAUGAAGAGGAUGAAGAGGAUGAAGAGGAUGAAGAGGAUGAAGAGGAUGAAGAGGGAAUAAGAAGUAGACCAGUUCCACGCAGAGACGCAGAACAGUCUUUCCUCGACAGGGACCAAGCCAUAAUUGGUAUCCUAGACAAACUAGCUAACAUAAUAGCUAUUCGUAACGACAAGAUGACGGAGAGCAGGCGGAGGGCGGACGAUGUUAACAUCGUUGCCAGGUUCCUCGAGGUCGAUGGACAGAUUUCCGACGUCCAAAGGGACAAGAUCUUGAGCAAGUGCCUGGAAAGCCGGAGUGUUUUAAAUGACAUGGUGGUUUUGGCGAAGGACCCCAAUGGGCGUGUCCGGAGGAUAAUCUUGGACAAGGUAUUAAAGUGAGAAUAAAAAAGGAUGUACCUGUGUACAAUUGGUUGAAAUGAAAGCAUUGUCGGACGAUAGCCGUGGGUAAUAGGGUAUAGAUAGCUACUUAUGCCUGAGAACAUUGUUGUGUUCAACUAUGCACUCCUCUUGUCAUC